CGCUCCCGGCGACCCCGAGGUCCAGCGGCGAGCCACUUGCUGGUCCCGCGGAGAGACCCACGGCCCCCGGCCCUUCGCCGAGAAGCGGAGGCGCCUGGAAAGGGCCGCGCGCCGUGAACUGAGCAGGCGUCUCUGGGAGCACUUCUGCACACCGAGAGCUUCCAUGUGAGCGAUUUCGCUCUCCCCCCUGACCGCCCCGUCCUCCCAGCCGUCCCCGCUGCCGGAGCAUCCGCGCUGCGGGGCCGGGAGCCUCUGGGCUCCCCGCCGGCCGUUCGGAGUGUGAGGCUCGCACGGCCCCCGGCUGCCCCGCGCCUCGCCGGAGCCCGAGGGGGCGCGGGUCCGGGGCGAGGGCCGGCCGGGCGUGUUUGAUGGCUUCACUGAGAAGAGUCAAAGUGCUGCUGGUGUUGAACUUGAUCGCGGUGGCCGGCUUCGUGCUCUUCCUGGCCAAGUGCCGGCCCAUCUCGGUGCGCAGCGGGGACGCCUUCCACGAGAUUCGGCCGCGCGCCGAGGCGGCCAACCUUAGCGCGCACAGCGCCAGCCCCAUCCAGGAUGCGGUCCUGAAGCGCCUCUCGCUGCUCGAGGACAUCGUCUAUCGGCAACUGAAUGAGCUGAGAGAAAGGUGAGAAACAGAGACACUGUGUGACUUCGCCAGGAUGACAUAACCAGGGAAGGGCAGUGCCAAGAUUUUCUGAAGACUCGGUACUUCCCCCAGGCAGGGUGGGAGAAAGUCAGGGUGAAGACGGUGUUUCCCUGUUAGACCUGCCCCACGCCAGCCCCAGGAUCUCUGUGGAUGAUGCCUGAAGGACGGAAGUGGUGGAUCGAGCCCCUGUGCCGCACGUCGGAAGGGCGCACGCUGCUGCUCCAGGAAGCCCAGGGCAGCUCUGUCGUAAGAGGAAAUGCAGUUGGGGCGCCCGGGUGGCUCAGUCGUUGGGCUCUUGCCUU